AUGGGACAUAACCACCUGGUCCGUGUGAAGGCGGCUAUUCUCUGUGCGCUGCUCCUGUGUCCGUCAGUUCUUUGCCACGAGAAGACCCAUUCGCAUGCUGAGGACGAUCUCUUCAAGACGUUGUUUGCUGGUUACAACAAGUGGUCGAGGCCCGUGCCAAACAUCUCUGACGUGGUCAUUGUCAAGUUUGGACUGUCCAUAGCACAGCUUAUUGACGUGGAUGAGAAGAACCAAAUGAUGACAACCAAUGUGUGGCUUAAACAGGAGUGGAAUGACUACAAACUACGCUGGAGACCAUCCGACUAUGACAAUGUGACGUCCAUAAGAGUGCCGUCAGAGCUCAUAUGGGUACCAGAUAUUGUCCUCUACAACAAUGCUGACGGUGAGUUUGCUGUGACCCACAUGACGAAAGCUCACCUGUUCCACAAUGGUCAAGUUCGCUGGGUCCCUCCUGCUAUUUACAAGAGCUCCUGCAGCAUCGACGUCACCUUCUUCCCCUUUGAUCAGCAGAACUGUAAAAUGAAAUUUGGCUCCUGGACGUAUGACAAGGCCAAGAUUGACCUGGAGCGGAUUGAAAACACCGUUGACCUGAACAACUACUGGGAGAGUGGUGAAUGGGCCAUCAUCAACGCUGUGGGAACAUACAAUACAAAGAAAUACGACUGCUGCCACGAGAUCUACCCAGACAUCACCUACUUCUUCAUCAUUCGAAGGCUUCCCUUGUUUUACACCAUCAACCUCAUCAUCCCCUGUUUGCUGAUCUCUUGCCUCACUGUUUUGGUUUUCUAUCUACCCUCAGACUGUGGAGAGAAGAUCACCCUGUGCAUCUCUGUGCUGCUAUCCCUCACUGUUUUCCUUCUCCUCAUAACGGAGAUCAUUCCGUCCACAUCCCUCGUCAUCCCGCUCAUUGGCGAGUACCUCCUGUUCACUAUGAUUUUCGUCACCCUCUCAAUUGUCAUUACUGUCUUUGUGCUCAACGUGCACCAUCGCUCUCCCAGCACUCACAAGAUGCCCCACUGGGUCCACUCCGUGUUCCUGGACCUGAUCCCGCGCUGGCUGUUCAUGCGACGGCCCUUACCAGAUGGACGGCAGCGCAGGCUGUUGGUGCUCCAGCAGGAAGCUGUGGUAGAGCGGCAGCAGGGCCGGAUAGCCGGGUACAAAUCUACAAACUGCCUCAGCACCUCGGCUAACUGGUUAAGAGAUGGGACCCCAUCAGAGGACCCUGAGAGAAGCAGUUACGAGGAUUUAGAGCUGGGAACACUGACGUCAUAUUUCUCCUUCCGCCCUCCUUCGCCCAGACCUCCAGGGUCGACUCCUCCACCACAACAGAAAAACCCACAGAACAGCCAGAACCGACAGGAGGGGGCUUCAGGGACAAACAGACAGUUAACGGGAGCCAAAGUCAAUCUCACUCAGAGGGCAACUAAAGUUGAUAAUACAGUAUCAGACUCAACGCACCUGCUUUCACCAAGUGUUAUGCGCGCUCUAGAAGGGGUACACUACAUUGCAGAUCAUCUGAGGGCUGAGGAUGCUGAUUUCAGCGUGAAAGAGGAUUGGAAGUAUGUCGCCAUGGUGAUUGACCGCAUCUUCCUGUGGAUGUUCAUUAUUGUGUGCCUGCUUGGGACCAUAGGCCUCUUCCUACCCCCUUGGCUAGCUGGCAUGAUCUAG